CAGACAUUAUCAUUCCAAGACCAAAUUCUCCCCUGACCUUACGUCAUGCCUGUUUAUAACCAGCUCGGAAUAAGCCUCGUCGAAUUGUGUAUCGAUCCUUCAAGCAAUGGUGGAACCAAAACCCUCGACGAUGCGUAAAGUUCAAAGCCUUUGAUCGAAAGACGUCACUGUCAAUGGGGAAAUGACCAAAAACGACAUGAUGAUGCCGUGGACAGAAGGCAUUUCAUUGUCGAAGCCAUGAGAGGACAGGGGCUACUUUCCAGGGACUGAAUAAGACCCAGUCGCCAUGCCUUUCGAGGGGCCACGAGCGCCUCGAUCAACAUCACAGCAAUUCCGUGAGCCCGACCUGUCGUCGGGGUUGCGUGUGAGCGCCACAGAGCUCGAAGGAAAGCCCACAAGAGGAUGGAUGGACGCCAGACUUCAUCUCCGAGCUCCGGGUCUGUGAUCAGUCAGUGCCGAGAGCUUAGGCUUCGUGAUUCGUGAGCCGUGGCUGGGCUCAGAGAGAAGAGAUGGGACGAGAGUCUCGGGUAUGAUCGUCCGUGCGCGACCUCCCGGUUGCGCACCGGGAGGUCGAUGCUCAUUGUUCUCGGCCCGCCUUCGCUCUGUGCCCUGGCGGGGUUCGAUUUGAGAUCUGUGUCAUGUAGAGAUUUGGAGGAUUUGUGCAGACUUUCAAGGCGGCGAGUUCUUUGAAGUCGGAGAGAGAGAAAUAGAGGGCAGGGUUGGUGUAACACUGAGAUGUCGGCAGCUGUGGCCUCCCUCCCCUGAAAUUUUUCUUAAAUUUGGCACUGACAUCUCUCAGCAUGAGAAGACGAACAGAGAUGUCAUUGCCAAUUUUAAAAGCAUUUCAAGGGAACCCGGACUUCCUGAAAGGCCAUGGCAAAACCCACCGUGGACACACGGGGUUUCUGCCGAUGUCUGACCCGUAUGACCAUGACCGUCUUGUUUGGCAAGAGUGGGCCAUGGAACUCUGAGCUCUGUGACUGAAGUUGUCAAAAAUGUUUUCUUCUCAAGCUGUGUCCGUAGAUCGCGUGUUCUGUUUUUUAUUCGACUGUAACGCUGCAGAUGUGAAUUCGCGUCCGUAUGUUCAGUUUGUGGGAGGCACUCUUGCAGUAAAAAUCGGUUUAGGUUGCUAAUGAGUGUCUACCUUCCAGGCUUAUGUUGAUGAAGACAACAUCGGAAGUGGAUAUGAAAAUCGAAGACCCGAUUUGAGUGUGAGAAGGGAAAUCUUGCAAAGUUUUCCGGCCACUCAACAUUGAACAAAAGUUCUGUGUGUCCUCCAGUGCCGAUUUUUUGGUAGUCUCGACGGGCAUUGAGUGUUUAAAUGCAGAAGGAGCAGCUCAGGGCAAACUUCGUGCCUCUUCCUAAAGCUAGAUUCCGCUUUAGAGUCGGUUGUUCAAUCUUCUGUCAUGUCUUUGGGAAUAGUGAUUUCACCACAUAAAUCAGGUGUAAAUGAGAUUUGGUCGAGGGUUAUCUCAUUUGGCUCUAAAAUAAUUUUAUUUCUAUGAUACGAGCAGUCAAGUGGAUGAGGUGGAUGGAUCGACUGGACUCAAAUCCAUUCUGUUCCCAGAUUCUCCGAGGAUUGAAGUCUAGCUCUACCCUGUAGCAUGCUUGUUUUGGUCUUCCUUCACCUGGUCCAAUUCCGGUGUUCCAGCUGCUUUAAGGCCGAGAAAAGAGGUUGGAGGGGUAUAUACAUACCCAGCCGCAGGCCGCAUGCUGUGCACGACAACAGGACCUUAUGUCCGAGUCUCAGCAGUGUUCUGUGGGAACUGUUCUGCGGGAGAUUUGUGGGUCAUGUCAAUGUACGUAAUCGGACGAGCAGUCCGAAGCAAGUCGGUGGUCUAUCUGGUCUCAGACUGGGUGCUCGUGUGGAUCAUCUGCUGCUGGAUCAGAUCAGAGCCAAAGGUUCCUUCUCCCUGUGUCGUAACAGUCCGAAGCUGGUCACAGCAGAUCUGGUGGCGGAUAGAUUUGCUGCCAUGAUGUGAUCAGAACGGACACUGUUCUUCUUCACGCUUAUGGAAUGCGUCAUGGUCUUGAGCUCUGCAACAGCCGAGGCCAGCUGCCAACUGUUCUUACAGAUUUUAUCUUCAUCCUGAUCUUCCCCUUCGAGCAGACUUGUACUCAUGCUGAGAUGCGUGGAUCAAUCUUGCUUACAGUGAAGCAGGUUUUGCUGUAAGGGGAUGUAGGUUCAACAGCUUGUUUCGGAUACGGCAAGAUCCAUCUUUGUAAAUCGAUCACUCUCGUUCACCAGUCCCAAAUUACAGGGCUGGAGCUGGAGCUGGAGGUGGUGCUCAAAGGUUUACAUCUUGUAGACUACGUGAGGUAUCAAUAUGCGCACUGACAGCCAGAAGUCGUGAAACGAUUCAAGCAGAGUUCUGAAUCGAGGAGCAAAACAUGUUAUGGACCGAAAAGCUUGUUUGCAACUGGAACAUGCAAACCAGUCGGUGAAAGUGCUCUUUCAGACAGUCACGUCUAUCUUUGCUGCUCUGAUACGGCUCGAUGAACAACAUCUGGAAGGUACAUUUCCUGCCCACAUCGUUCCAUUUCCUCGCUCCAGAAUAUCGAUUUCCACCAGUGAAGAUGUUGAAAGCCCCGAGUCCUCGACGAUGGCAUCAUCAACGCCACUGAGAUGCCUACAACUGGCAUUUACUGAAUCAGGUGUACUGGAAUAGACUGAGGCCGGAAAAAAGCGCAUGUGCCACUGUGACUCCACGAUGCUCCAACCAUGGCAAGUUAUUUACAUGAGCUUAAAUCGAGGCUCGACAAGCUUGUUUCAACGGAUCGAUGCAAUGCGUCGGUACAGGGAAAGUUGAAAUUAUACACCACAUCACUAAUCUGGAUGAGUUUACGAUAAGUAGAGAUAUUACACAAAAUCUGACUAACGCUCAGGUCAAACUCGUGCCCAUCUCUUUGAAGUAGUAGAUCCUUGAUUCUGAUGUGUUCGGCUUUGUAAUCGAAUGGUACUUUGGUUGAAAGAAGUGAACGAAUGUCGUUCGACUUAUGCCUACACUUUACUCACUCCAGAACAAAAUGUCCCGGUAACCUCAACCAACAGUAAUUGACAAGAACCUGUGUUGUCUAAAAGGAGGUAACUUGCCUCAUCUUCUGGUCCCUCCGACACUGAGACACAGCCAAAAACCCAAAACAUCAGAGGGAAAGUUGCCACGAUGUUCACAUUUUGGAGUGUACAGUUUCUGAUGCGCCCAUUCACCGACAAUGAAGGGUAGGGUUUGAAGUCUGUACAUUCCUACCUAUUGAUACUUCGGGGCAGGCAGUGAAAUUUAUCGCUCUCUACAGGACGUUCUUAU